CAGCAAUACACUACUGGGAGCUAGCUGAGCACAUAAGGGGCAUCCUCUUCCUCAACGAAUCUUUGUGGGGCCUUCGCAGAACGCUUGGACCUCUCCAUGCGGCAACCUGCAAGACAAAUAGACACGGCCAGAGCACUGAGAGAUAUCAGGUAUUGAUAUAACUGGAGUGAAUAAGGGAACCUUCUUCCUGAGCACAGACAUUGGAGCCUGUUAUCAGCAUGAACUCAUAUGUGUUAGACAAACACGUCAAUAGUUCAUAUCUAUCCUUCACUACAGGAAGCAUCAGAAUGAUACCGAAAACUCCAAAAGUCUUAGACACCAAUGACUAUUCACAAAUAUUGGGGAUAUCACAGCAGAUAUUUAAAGGAGAUGGUGAAUUUGCAGGAACUGGGCAGCAAUCAUCAUGUACCGAGAGUAAUUUAGUCAUCAAACAAGAGGACAACAUUUAUGACUUAUCUAGUGAAAUGAUUAUCACCGAGGAUAAAGAACACACAUUUACUGAAUUUUCAAAACAUAUUAAAGAAGGGAAAAGUCUACAGUCUAGCCAAAUAAUUUAUACAAAGGAGAAACCAUUCAAAUCUACAGAAUGUGAGAAAAGCUUUAGAUCUAAGUCACAUCUACUAGAACACCACAAAAUUCACAUAGGUGAGAAACCACACACAUGUACAGAGUGUGGAAAAAGUUUUACAGAAAAGAGUAAUCUGAAAACUCAUGAAAUGAUUCACACAGGAGUAAAGCCUUUCACAUGUACAGAGUGUGGAAAAAGCUUUACAGCAAAGAUUAAUCUGAAAACUCAUGAAAUGAUUCACACAGGGGAAAAGCCUUUCACAUGUACAGAGUGUGGAAAAAGCUUUACAAAAAAGAGUCAUCUGAAAACUCAUGAAAUGAUUCACACAGGGGAAAAGCCUUUCACAUGUACAGAGUGUGGAAAAAGCUUUACAUAUAAGAGUCAACUGGAAACUCAUGAAAUGAUUCAUACAGGGGAAAGGCCUUUCACAUGUACAGAGUGUGGAAAAAGUUUUAAGGAAAAUAGUAGUCUGAAAAAGCAUGAAAGGAUUCACACAGGGGAAAAGCCUUUCACAUGUACAGAGUGUGGAAAAAGUUUUACAGAAGAGAGUAGUCUGAAAACUCAUGACAUGAUUCACACAGGGGAAAAGCCUUUCACAUGUACAGAGUGUGGAAAACGUUUUACACAAAAGAGUGGUCUGAAAACUCAUGAAAGGAUUCACACGGGAGAAAAGCCUUUCCCAUGUACAGAGUGUGGAAAACGUUUUACACAAAAGAGUCGUCUGAAAACUCAUGAAGUGAUUCACACAGGGGAAAAGCCUUUCACAUGUAAGGAGUGUGGAAAAAGUUUUACACAAAAGGGUAAUCUGAAAACUCAUGAAAUGAUUCACACAGGAGAAAAGCCUUUUAAAUGUACAGAGUGUGGAAAAAGUUUUACAAAAAAGAUAAAUCUGAAAAAGCAUGAAUGGAUUCACACAGGAGAAAAGCCUUUUAAAUGUACACAGUGUGGAAAAAGUUUUACAGAUAUUAGUAAUCUGAAAACUCAUGAAAGGAGUCACACAGGAGAAAAGCGUUUUAAAUGUACAGAGUGUGAAAAAAGUUUUACAAAAAAGAUAAAUCAGAAAAAGCAUGAAUGGAUUCACACAGGGGAAAUGCCUUUCACAUGUACAGAGUGUGGAAAAAGCUUUACACAAAUGAAUAAUCUGAAAACUCAUGAAAGGAGUCACACAGGAGAAAAGCCUUUUAAAUGUACAGAGUGUGGAAAAAGUUUUACAGAAAAGAGUGAUCUGAAAAAGCAUGAAAGGAUUCACACAGGAGAAAAGCCGUUCACAUGUACAGAGUGUGGAAAAAGCUUUACACAAAUGAAUAAUCUGAAAACUCAUGAAAGGAUUCACACAGGAGAAAAGCCAUUCACAUGUACAGAGUGUGGAAAAAGUUUUACAAAACAGAGUAAUCUACUAGAACACCACAAAAUUCACACAGGUGAGAAACCACACACAUGUACAGAGUGUGGGAAAAGUUUUAUAGAAAAGAGUAGUCUGAAAACUCAUGAAAAGAUUCACACAGGGGAAAAGCCUUUCACAUGUUCAGAGUGUGGAAAAAGUUUUACAAAAAAGAGUAAUAUGAAAACUCAUGAAAGGAUUCACACAGGAGAAAAGCCUUUCACAUGUACAGAGUGUGGAAAAAGCUUUACAAAAAAGAGUCAUCUGAAAACUCAUGAAAUGAUUCACACAGGGGAAAAGCCUUUCACAUGUACAGAGUGUGGAAAAAGCUUUACAAAAAAGAGUAAUAUGAAAACUCAUGAAAGGAUUCACACAGGAGAAAAGCCUUUCACAUGUACAGAGUGUGGAAAAAGUUUUACAGAAAAGAGUAGUCUGAAAACUCAUGAAAGGAUUCACACAGGGGAAAAGCCUUUCACAUGUAUAGAGUGUGGAAAAAGUUUUACAGAAAAGAGUAGUCUGAAAACUCAUGAAAUGAUUCACACAGGGGAAAAGCCUUUCACAUGUACAGAGUGUGGAAAAAGUUUUACAGAAAAUAGUAGUCUGAAAACUCAUGAAAUGAUUCACACAGGGGAAAAGCCUUUCACAUGUACAGAGUGUGGAAAACGUUUUACAGAAAAGAGUAGUCUGAAAACUCAUGAAAUGAUUCACACAGGAGAAAAAUAUUUCACAUGUACAGAGUGUGGAAAAAGUUUUACAGAAAAGAGUAGUCUGAAAACUCAUGAAAGGAUUCACACAGGGGAAAAGCCUUUCACAUGUACUGAGUGUGGAAAAAGUUUUACAGAAAAGAGCAGUCUGAAAAUUCAUGAAAUGAAUCACACAGGAGAAAAGCCUUUUACAUGUACAAAGUGUGGAAAAGGUUUUACAAAAAAGAGUAGUCUGAAAACUCAUGAAAGGAUUCACACAGGGGAAAAGCCUUUCACAUGUACAGAGUGUGGAAAAAGCUUUACAAAUAAGAGUCAACUGAAAAAUCAUGAAAUGAUUCACACAGGGGAAAAGCCGUUCACAUGUACAGAGUGUGGAAAAAGUUUUACAGAAAAGAGUAGUCUGAAAACUCAUGAAAGGAUUCACACAGGGGAAAAGCCUUUCACAUGUACAGAGUGUGGAAAAAGUUUUACAGAAAAGAGGAGUCUGAAAAUUCAUGAAAUGAAUCACACAGGAGAAAAGCCUUUUACAUGUACAGAGUGUGGAAAAUUUUUUAAAAAAAAGAGUCAUCUGAAAACUCAUGAUAGGAUUCACACAGGAGAAAAGCCUUUCACAUGUACAGAGUGUGGAAAAAGUUUUACAAAAAAGAGUAGUCUGAAAACUCAUGAAAUGAUUCACACAGGAGAAAAGCCUUUCACAUGUACAGAGUGUGGAAAAAGUUUUACAACAAAGGGUCAUCUGAAAACUCAUGAAAGGAUUCACAAGGGAAGAAACCUUUAAAAUGUUUAGAAAGUAGGGUUGCUACCUUUUGCACAGGCGAUUAUCUGACACUUUGCAAAUGGGCGUGGUUGAGGAUGUGGUUAGGGGUGUGGCUUCACAUGACCUUAAAGGGACAUUCCAGCCAAAUUUGGAAUCCACGUGUAUGCAUUUCAGUUUUGAGUAGAAGCAUUUUUGUUGUAUACAUGUAUUAGAAAAAAUGCUUCUAAUAAAAGUUAUAGUUGUUUCAAAAGUGUAUUUAAGUAUGCACAGUGCAUCAGUAUUUUAAACACAGCACUUGCUCAAAGAGCCUAAGGUGCUUUUACCAUCUGGUAAUGACUCAAUUUGUUUAUUGCUGAAAUGAUAUAAGACCCACUGGUGCUAUGAGCAGCUGCAGUGUUUAAAAUGCUGGUGCACUGAGAAUAUCUAGUUAUGCUUCACAUGCAUGUGCAGAGAAAAAUAUUUUCACUAAAAUAGUGAUAACUUUUACUAGAAACAUUUUUGCCAAUGCAUGUUUAUUCCAAAUAUGUUUCUAUCCAAAGAUGUAAUUCAUCUUGACUGGAGUGUCCCUUUAAUAAAAAAUAUAUAUAUAUAUAUAGCUUACAACCACCAAUGCCAACUGCCUGGGUGCAAGAAUACCAGCAAAUAUCCACAAGAACAAAUGCACUCACAGGACUUUUUUUCAGGAACAACAGAGAUAAAGUUUAAUGAAACGUUUUCAGGUAUACACUACCCUUUAUCAGCAUAACAUAAAAUGACAAAAAACACACAAGAUAUAGGCAAAAAAUCAAUUCUUAAUUACAACAAACACACUACAACCUGUGUAUUAAUGAAAAAAGCGCCAAAGUGAGUAGCUGGAACGCACUGCUGCGUUCCACUGUUUCGUGUUACCGGAAGAGCAAUUACGUCACUUCCGGUAUCGCCGUAUCUAACCGGCUUCAAUAACAUAAACGGACACCUAAGGUCCCAACUAAAGUGUAUAUCAAAGACUAGUGUGUAUAGGACAAACGUGCUACAUGAUGAACAUAAUACAGUGUUCAGAAUACAAACAUUAAUCAAUAUUUAUGUGAUCAAUAUAAUAGUGCACAUACGUUUCCAUGCCAACGAAACCAAACAUCCGGUUUUGUAUACCUUUGGCCAUAUAUUAAAUAGAUAUGUGAUCACGCAAAGGAAUCCUACUUAUUAUACAUAUCAUCAGAUUACAUACACUCUAAUACAGUGUCAUCAUCCCAAGUGUAUCCUAACCCAAUUUUUAAACAAAAAAGAAGAAUGUUAUAUCGGAGGCAGGAGGGGGUAACCAUGGCAACCAAACCGGCAGAUUAACACUUCUCAGUUAAUGAAUGAGUGUAACAAACCAUUCAAUAUAUCAUAGCUUCAAGAACAUUAGUGUGUGUCCUAAGGCUUACUGUCAACUGCCACCUGUUCACUACAAGUACCCCUCUAAACCUCCUAUAAUGCUAAAAUAAGAAUGAUGCAAUAAGUGCUAUUUAAGCAAAAAUUGCAAUAACUAAAAUGUAAUAAAAUGUAGCACUUAUGGACUUCACUAUCAGCCAAUAAAGCAUUUGUUCGCAAAGUAUAUUCUGAGGGACCCCCUAUACAAUAUACAUGAUCUUAUUACUCAAAGGGAAUCUUAACGUUUAUUAAAAGUUAACAACAUUUACGUUACUCAAGACAUUUGAACAAUGUAACUAACAAGCUUAAGGGAGUAUACUAAAGUAUUGUGGACUAUAAAAAAUUGCCUGUAUACCGGACUGAAAUUUGAAUUCAAGACCUGUAAGCUGAUUUGCUGCUCUAUUGUCGCGGCUUGUCUGAGCUUAUUAACGGCUGGGAAAAGCCUUUUUCAUAUAAAGACAUUUCAUAGAAAACUGAUUGCGGUAAAUAUACGAACAUACACUGAACUGAUAAAGGAAAUUUAAUAUAUUAAAAACCCUGGAAUAAUACAACAAGUAUCUAACUCUAAACAAACAACUAAACUGUUGCAAUUUUGCAGUUACAUAUAAUUUUGGGACUUGGAUACAUUUCGGAAUAUUCCAGUAUUAUACAUUCAGAUAGUUGUGGCCACAACUUGAAUCAUUUAAACUGUAUUUUUAAACUGUAUUUUAUUUUAGGAAUAUAUAUAUUUUUUCAAUGCAUUUAUAAAAUAAAAAUCUUUAUACUGUA